ACCCUUUUUUGGUGUGCCUUAGGUGGUUUGAUUUUGGGUGGAAUAGUUGUCAUUUCAUACUGGAUAAGACGAUGCAGGACACUUGCAGCGAGGUCAACGACCCGGCAGCGCCGCAUCCGGAGCCGGAGCUCAUCAUCAGCUGCCACCGGCAUCAGCGGGAUCAGUGCGAUCGGGAUAAUCUCCAGAGGGAAGGCAAAGUCAUCACCCGAUCACAAUCAUCGGCGUCGACCGCGCCGCAUGCUCCAGUGCAUCAACUGAAGCCCCAGCAAUCUCUGCCCACGCCUCUGCCACAGCCACAGCCACAACCACAGCAGUCCAGCCAACACAACCCGCACCACACCUCCCACGCCCCCAAGUCCGUCUCCAUUUUGGUGUACAAGACCCUAAACACGGUCUUCAAGAGCAGCCGCAAGAUCAUCGUUCGUGUGUGCGAGGUGGCCAGUGCCAAGAAGUCCUUCACCAUGUUCAAGUUCAACAAGGCCGCCCAGCAGCAGCGGAUCGACAACCGCAACAGCGCCGUCACAGGACACGAUCCCUUCGUCCGACCGCCUGUCCCCGAAAAGAAAGUGAGGAACAUAAUGAAGAAGCUGCACAAGGCGAACGGCCUGAAACGCUCCAACUCGGCGAUCGAGUUCGAUGUCUCGGCCCUGACGGCUGCCAACCGCCGCCAGAUUUACAGUAGCAAUCGGUCGGCGAGCUCGGAGCAAGAUAACUCAGAUCUAUCCGAGCACUCGGAGAAAUCGCCGCUGGUUAGCGCGAGGUUAGACAAUCUAGCUAGGCUCUUCUUUAGCAAGUCGAUGCCAGCGGAAACCGGAAGUAGAGAUACCAUAGAUUCAGUACUGACAACAAGGCCGAACAUCAAGUACCAGUACUCCGCCUUGGACAGUGGCAAUGGGAUCGUGGAGCGGAGUCCCAGGGAGCGGGCUCAAAGGGAGAAGGCCCUGAAUGCCACCCAGGAAUGGAUUCAGAGUGCCAAUGGGCGCUACGAGGUGAUUGCCCAUCUGGACGAGAUCGGUUCGCGGCACGGCAAGAACUGGUUUCUGGUCACGGAUGCAUCGGUCCGCACUGAUCGUCUGCUGACCCUGCUGCCUCUGCCCCACUGCGUGGCCUUCGAGGACCUCCCGCCCAACGAAAGUGCCAGGGAAAUACUCAUGGAGCUCCUCGGCUCGCUGCACCAUCCGUACAUAUAUCCCGUUCUCGAUCUGGGCUUCUUGAGGAACAGCUCGUACAACUACGCCUGCCUGGUGACGCCUUUCAACUCGCGGGGCAGUCUCAAGGAUCUCAUAUAUAAGGCACAGUGGAACGAGCCGUGGGCCAGGAAGUACACGCGUAAGCCAAACGGGUUGCCUGUCAGCCAGGUGCAGCGGUUGGGGCGACAGAUCCUGGAAGCACUGCUCUUCCUGAAGGAGCGCGGCUUUCCGCUUCACGGUCACCUGCACAGCGGCAAUGUCAUCCUGCAGAACGGCGCCGCCAGGUUAUCGGGCCUGGAGAACGGCCUCCUGGGCCUCAGUUCGCGCAUUAAUGCCGUCAUGUGGUCCCGCUCGGUCACCGAGAUCGAGAACGUCGACAUCGUCUGCUUCGGCCACCUGCUGUACGAGAUGUGCACGGGCCAGGAGCUCACCACCCCCAAGCCGUCCAUGCGGGUGCUCGAGAUGGAGCUGCAGCACUACCCACAAAUUGGCCAGAUUCUGGAAAUAUUAGGUCUAAUCUUUGAGCCGCCUAGCGGUGUCUGCCCCUCCGUCGAGGACUUAGUCCUUUGCGAUCUCUUUCGCAGCAUCGAUUUGCGCGAGCUGCGCGGUCCCUGUUUCAGUACAAUUAAGCCGAGCCUCAGCAGGUCCACCCUGAACCUUCUGCAAGCGGUGAAGAAGCGCCAAUGUGCCUCGCUGGGGCACUCCCUCAGUGAGGCAAACUCCCCCUGCACGCCCCCUUCAACGCCGCACGAUCGACGCACUGGUAUCAGCCGAACAAUGGACUCAUUUGACAUAUCAAGCGACUCGGAGGAGGGUCUGCUGGAGGAGAUUGUGGUCGGGGGCAGCUGCCACCGGCAGCACCUGCUCCGCCUGCAGCAGUGGCACUCCGCCCACUCGUACGUCCACUCGUACAACUCGGAGUCGCCCAUCCACUACUGCGAUCCCGCCAACGUCUACUCGGACGACAAUGGCCAGGAUGCGGGGAUGCAGGACAACCAGCCGCCGACCAUUCGCUGCAGCACCAGCAGCCAGAGCAACCUGGACGUCCUCCUAGCUGAGAGUGGGGUUUCCGAAAUCUACGAGGAGGUCGCCGAGGAGGAGGAGUACUUCGAGCCCGAGGAGGAGGCCAGUGGUUCGUCGUCGGCAGGAGGAGCACAGAGGUUGCAUGCUCCAACGGGCACCUCGUCCUCGGCAGGUGCCUCCUUCAACCACCAACUCACCGCCGACAUGUGCAACUACAAGAACUCGAAGAGCCGCCGGCUGGAGUACUCGCUGAAGUGCCUCAAGUACGGCCGCAGCAAUCCCUCCCAGGAUUCUGCUUUCGGUUCCCUCACGGACAACGAUCUGUCCAUUGGCUCCUCCAGCAUCCGAUUGAGUAGCUUCCAGUCCAUCUCCUCGCCCAUCGACGAGGGUGUGGAGGAUGUGAUCAUCGCCACCACGACGGGUGGUAAUGAAACCUGCCUGGAAUUGGCCACCGUUCCCAGGAGCAUGGUGUCUCAGGACUCGGCCAUCUCCUCGCCCUGUCGCGAGAGCUCCCCCAACAACUUCCUGCACAUCGAUGACGCCAUGUCCGGAACGGGCUCCACUUCCUCGGGCUCCAAUUGUGGCUCCUUUGGGAAUAUUCGUCCGCAGCAGUUUCCCGUUUCGCUGUCGCCGAAGAUUCUGGUCACCGCCACCAGCAACUCGAGCAGCUCCUCCCUGGCAUCCACCAGCAAUGCGGGUCAAGGUCAGAGCCAAGGUCACGCACAGGGGCAUCCCCAGCAGCAGCAGCAGCAGCAGCAGCAGCAGUUCGAUCCGCCCAAGAUCCUCGUGAAUGAUCAGAACUCCAUCUACACCACAUCGCCCUCGAAGCGAUCGGGGAUGAUAGAGGUGUUCUCUCAAAAGUAUCGGGUGAGCUCCUUCGAGGACAUGUCCCCGAAGCGCAGCUCCGACAAGCAGCACCUGAAGCACGUGAACCGGCUGGCCUUCCGCUCCCUGGAGGAGGAGCGCCGGAUCGACAACGCCUUCCUGCCGAUGGCGGAUCGCACCCACUCGGACAACCGGGUGAACAUGCAGAGCGAGAAGUACAAGAAGCUCACGCACGCCUCGUUCCGCAUCAGCAAAAGUCAAGGUCAGGAGUCGCCCACGGCCACGCCCACUAGCCAAACGCCCCCCGGUCAACCGGGCAACUGCAUCGAGAUGCAGCGGACGGGGAGGCAGACCCUCUGGCGGGACAGCAAGUUCUACCGGAAGAACCGCAUCGCCAAGAGCAACGACUCCCUGAUGGAGAACAAUCCCUCGCCGAGGAUUUCCCCUUGCUCUUUAAGGGACAAUCAGUACGAGAGCAGGAGCAGCUCGCAGGCCAGCAGGAGAUCUCUAAGUGGCAGCCAGCAGAUGCUGAGUGUCACCACCAGCUUCUGUGGCAACGGAAGUGGAUCGAGGAAUGCAGCACGAUACUGCAGCUCCAAGAGCGAGGACCUGGGCGAAUCCUCCGACUAUCUGAGAGUCAUGGACGCCCGGAAAUCCUACUCCGAGCGGCAUUUGGUGCGACUCAAGCAGACGGCCAUCAACAACACUCACAGCGAGGACGAGAGCUUCAACGAUGACAAUAAUCCAACGGUAUCAUCGCAGACGGGCAACCAGUACAUUCAGAGGGAGCACCACCAGAAGCACCACCAUCCGGGUGGCAGGUGGAGCAGCAGCUGCUCCAUCGGCGGCCACCUGAAGACGACCAAUAUAAAGACCACCUCGCUGUCCGCUCAGUCCAGCCAAUCGAAUUUAGUGGCCACCCAGGCAACAACUGCCAGCUAUCGCACGCCCUCCAAGUCCCUCGACCAGAGCAUCGCCAUCGCCCAGAACAGCAACCCAAAGGGUAGCAGCACCCCCACCCAAAAGGUAGGAAGCAGCACCACCACCACCCAGAAGGGUAGCAGCACCACCAGCAGCGAGAGCAGCAGCAGCACCACCAGCUCGGUGGACGAGUCGCCCUCGCGAUUGACCCUCAGCGGAGCGGAUCUCUCCAGGAUCUUCGUGAUGGACAUGGACGACGCCCAAGGAAGCACCUGCAGCGAGGAGAAGACCCCGCUCCUCGACAGCGUCGAGAUGUCUCCGAUCAGUCCAACGGAUCCCGAGGUGCCCGACCUCGACAAGCUAUAAGGGGGAUCUGAUCUAGUAACACGAUAUACACACCAAACGCACACACAGACACGUUUUUGAGCAGCCGAAAUGCAAAGCAUGUGAUAAAGAAACCAAAUAUAGCAGAAAUCGAACGGGGAACCACAGAGUUAUAGAACUACUAGGCUAGGUAUGAGAUGGCCAAGUGGGGGAAGUGUUGGAAAAGAGUUAUUGAGUUAGAGGAUUUUAUAUAUUUAUGAAUUCAUUUGCUUACUAUCAUUUCACUAUUACAUGAGAUUUUAAAAUUAAGAAUAUAUCAAUAUUAACAAGAUUUAUACAGAAUUAGGUAUUACCAAAGAUUUUUUAAAAUCAAUUAUUUAGUUCUAAUAUAAAGAUGUUUUAAUAGUUAUUUUAUGAUUGAAAGAGAACAAAUUUUUAAUUUAUAAAAAAUACAUUUAUUUAUAUUUAUUAACUAUUACUUUAAAUUAUUUUAAAUGUACGGAUUUUUACUACUUCCUAAGUAGUACUUUAGUUUUAAAAACUCUUCUUCAACACGUUUUCCACUGCCAGUGUUGGUUAAGGUAAGGCAAUUCCAAUCUUGGUUCGAAACACAAACACAAACACGUACACCCACUCACCUACAAAUACAUAUAUAAUUGGGCUGCUCCCGCCUUUGCUAAAUCCACACUCAAAGCUUUCUUCUGGUAACAAUAAUAUUUUUCUCUUUAUAUUGAACUUUAGCCGGUUGCUUUUACAGCAAUUCGAAAUUAACUAGAAUAUCUCUUCACUGAAGCUAAUCUCUAGACUGCUAAGCCACAAGACAACACGAAAAACCAAAAAAAAAAAAAAAGGGAAGACCAUCCUGCUGAUUAGUUGUUUUUUUUAAACAAAACAAAAGGGAAACCGUUUUCGAAUUAUACCGAAUUAUACACUUUACUUGGUAGUUAAUUGAAUAGCUAAGACUUAAAAGCUUCGCAGCUUGGCGCAUUGAAAAUGUUUUACUGUAGCCUAAAAUCGUUUUAAGCUCCCAGAAGGGUGUGUUUUAAAUAUAAAUUACAAAAAUAUAUUUUAGGGAACUAAAACCAACCAAAAUAUAAAAUAAAAGGAAAACGGAGCCAAAGGAAAGGUUACCCAUUGAAUGGAAUUCGAUGGAGAAGCCAAGGCAGAGUUGAAAGUAUACAAGAUUUAACGAAAUAGUUACGAUUUCUUUAGAUUUUCUCCUUUUGUUCAGAUGUACCACAUUAGCCAGCACUGCAAUAUCGCAACGGAAACAUGAAUUUUACCCCAUAAGAGUUAAACAUUAUCGUAUGAAACCGUAAACGAUAAAACAAUACAGAAAUGCAAUCAAGUUUACUAAGAUAUCGCAAACGAAAAUAUCACUAAAGCCACACACAAUCGAACACGAAAUAAAUGUACUCACUAAAGGUCAUAUAUAUAGAAGGUAAUAUUAGACGCACGCACUUAACUAAGACGAUCCAGAUCCAGAUCAAGAUUCGAUCCCCGAUUCAGAACCCAACCCCACCCAGUCUUUUCGAUCCACUCAGAUAAUCUGCAACAGAGUCGCCCUUAGUUUCAUUAUUCGUAGUCGAUGAAUGCGUAGGUUCUACAUUGUUUACGGGACCCCUAGAAUGUAUAUGUAUCCCUGAAUAUUGUGUGUAAGUUCAUUUCGCUUGGAAUUGUUUGUGUAUACACGUAUGUACUCCCCAAGUAACCCCCAAAAUGGAGAGAAGCCCUUGAGAACUAACAAAUAAACGAGAAAACAAUGUA